AAGUAUAAAACCAGUGAACCCAAACACACAAUGAGUGGUGUUUAAUUCCAUCAAAAGGAUAGAAGUUGAGCUCACAGAAACCAACCAUGGCCUCAGCAUCUCUCUUCAAGACAUCUCCAGCAACCAUCCUUGAUAAGUCCGAAUGGGUCAAGGGUCAGACCCUUCGCCAGUCACCCCUUUCUGUGGUCCGUUUCAACUCGACUGCACCCUCUGCACUCGCUGUUCGUGCCAGUUACGCCGAUGAACUCGUCAAAACAGCGAAAACUAUUGCCACCCCUGGCCGAGGAAUCCUGGCCAUGGAUGAGUCCAACGCUACUUGUGGAAAACGGUUAGCCUCCAUCGGUCUAGAGAACACCGAGGCUAACCGCCAGGCUUACCGAACCCUCCUGGUUAGCGCACCCGGUCUAGGCAACUACAUCUCCGGUGCCAUCCUCUUCGAGGAAACUUUGUACCAAUCCACAGUCGACGGUAAGAAGAUCGUCGAUGUCCUAGUGGAACAAGGCAUCGUCCCCGGUAUCAAAACCGACAAGGGUUUGGUUCCUUUGGCCGGUUCAAACGAUGAGUCAUGGUGCCAAGGUCUUGACGGGCUUGCCUCUCGCUCGGCUGCUUACUACCAACAGGGUGCCCGUUUCGCCAAAUGGCGUACUGUUGUGAGCAUUCCCAAUGGUCCAUCAGCACUUGCAGUCAAGGAAGCAGCUUGGGGUCUAGCUCGUUAUGCUGCUAUUUCUCAGGACAAUGGUCUGGUUCCAAUUGUUGAGCCGGAGAUCUUGCUAGACGGAGAACACGGAAUUGAUCGGACCUUCGAGGUUGCUCAGGCAGUGUGGGCGGAGGUGUUCUUUUACCUUGCUUCAAACAACGUGUUGUUCGAAGGAAUUCUUCUGAAACCAAGCAUGGUUACACCGGGAGCCGAAUGCAAAGAACGGGCUACACCUGACCAGGUCGCCGAUUAUACCCUCAAGCUUCUCCAAAGAAGAAUCCCACCUGCAGUUCCCGGAAUCAUGUUUUUGUCGGGAGGGCAAUCGGAGGUGGAGGCUACAUUGAACUUGAAUGCGAUGAACCAAAGCCCUAACCCAUGGCACGUGUCGUUCUCGUAUGCGCGUGCCCUUCAGAACACUUGUUUGAAGACAUGGGGAGGAAGGCCGGAGAAUGUGAAGGCGGCUCAGGACGCUUUGCUUCAGCGGGCGAGUUCUAACUCGCUGGCUCAGCUCGGUAAGUACACCGGCGAGGGUGAGUCCGAGGAGGCGAAGAAGGGGAUGUUUGUGAAGGGGUAUGUGUACUAAUAAGAAGGCCUAAGGGUAUGAAAGUAUCGAGUGUGUUACUUUUAUUGUGUUUUAGCCCUUUGGAGAAUGCUACUUUUGUUGAUAGCGUUUACUUCUUCUAGCAAUGUUAUAUUGAGAUGGAAUCAUGGAUUCUUAUUCUUAUAUCUUGUAGUUUCAAGAAACAAUCUAUAAGAUGAGUUUGAUGAAAUUAUGCAACA